UGCUUCGGGGCAGCUACAGUUUCCUUUUUCCUUUGUUAGUCUAAUAGGUGAGGUGUGUGCUAAGAGGUUUAAAAGCACCUGAGAACAGCAAUGACAAGACAUGAGUCUGCUGAGUUCACAGAAGCUCCAGUGGUUUUGACAUUUUCAGAAGGAGUUAGCUGGGGAGCACCCUAAGAGGUCUGGUUUAGAUGGAGGAGAAGAGUAAGAACCAUCGGGCUUUGCUCAACCCAGGAGAGGAGAAUGAGCUGGAGGUGUUUGGUUACAAGACCCAGAAUCUACGCAGAGCCUUCUGCCUUAUAGGAUUUGUGCUGACCUGUGGGGUCCUUCUGCUGGCGUUCAUCUGGAGACCCCAGUGGUGGGUGUGGGCCAACUGCAUCCCGUGUGCAUUGCAAGAAGCAGACACUGUGUUGCUAAGGACAACGGACGAGUUUCAAAGAUAUAUAAGGAAGAAGGUAAUCUGUCUCUACUUAUCCACACUGAAGUUUCCUAUAAGCAAGAAUCCAGAAGAACUCCUGGUGGUUGACCGCCACUCUGUCAUAAACCAAGCCGUAUCGAAGCCAGAAUUAAAACUACGAUAUAUCCAAGUGCAGAAAAUCAGGUAUGUUUGGGACAACUUGGAGAAGAGAUUUCGGAAAGUUGGGUCGCUGGAAGACAGCAACACCUGCUACGACAUCCAUCAUACGUUUGGACCAGGUCUGACCAGUGAGGAGCAAGAGGUCAGAAGAUUAGUGUGCGGGCCCAAUGCCAUUGAGGUUGAAAUUCAACCCAUAUGGAAGCUGCUUGUUAAACAGGUUUUAAAUCCAUUCUAUGUAUUCCAAGCCUUUACUCUAACUUUGUGGCUGUCUCAAGGUUACCUAGAAUACUCUGUGGCCAUCAUCAUCUUGACCAUUAUCUCCAUUGCCUUAAGUGUGUAUGAUCUGCGACAGCAAUCAGUUAAGCUGCACAACCUUGUGGAGGAUCACAACAAAGUCCGGGUUACAAUCGUCGUAAAAGGCAAAGGUUUGCAGGAGGUGGAAUCCCGUCUCUUGGUUCCCGGAGAUAUUCUUACUCUUCCCAGCAAAGUUUCAUUGCCAUGUGAUGCUGUUCUGAUUGAUGGAAGCUGUGUGGUGGAUGAAGGCAUGCUCACAGGAGAAAGUACACCUGUCACAAAGACACCAUUGCCCCAUACGGAGAACACCAGUGCCUGGAAAUCCCACAGCUUGGAGGAUUAUCGGAAACAUGUCCUUUUCUGUGGAACCGAAGUGAUCCAAGUCAAGCCCUCUGGGCAGGGCCCAGUAAGAGCAGUCGUUUUGCAAACAGGUUAUAAUACAGCAAAAGGAGACUUGGUGAGAUCCAUCCUCUACCCCAGGCCUCUGAACUUCAAACUAUACAGUGAUGCCUUCAAGUUCAUAGUGUUCCUGGCCUGCCUUGGAGUUGUGGGUUUUUUCUAUGCUCUUGGUGUAUACAUGUACCAUGGAGUCUCUUUUGGAAAUACUGCGCCCAUGGCCCUGCUCCUCCUCACCGUUACUGUCCCUCCCGUGCUGCCAGCUGCCCUGACCACAGGCAUCGUGUAUGCACAAAAGAGGCUGAAGAAAAAGAAAAUCUUCUGUAUCUCCCCACAGAGAAUCAAUAUGUGUGGACAAAUAAACCUCGUGUGCUUUGACAAAACCGGCACUCUUACGGAGGAUGGGCAGGACCUCUGGGGGACCAUCCCUACUGCUGACAACUGCUUCCAGGAAGUCCAUAGCUUUGCCUCGGGCAGGGCUUUGCCAUGGGGCCCACUGUGUGCGGCCAUGGCCAGCUGCCACUCCCUGAUCCUUCUGGAUGGGACCAUCCAGGGAGACCCUCUGGACCUCAAAAUGUUUGAGGGCACUGCCUGGAUAAUGGAAGAUCGCAAAGUAAACCACUGCAAAUUUGGGAUGUCAGAUUCAAAUGUGGUAAUAAAACCAGGACCAAAAGCCAGUCAGAGUCCGGUGGAAGCCAUCACCAUCUUGCACCAGUUUCCAUUUUCCUCCAGCCUGCAGAGGAUGUCUGUGGUCGCUUGGCUGGCGGGAGGGGAUCACUUCCAUGUGUACAUGAAGGGUGCCCCGGAGAUGCUGGUCCAGUUCUGCAGGUCUGAAACAGUGCCCCAGAAUUUCCCACAGGAACUGAAGAAAUACACAAUGCAAGGCUUCCGCGUCAUUGCCCUUGCCCAUAAAGCCUUGAAGAUGGAGAAGUUUUCAGAAGUAGAGAGUUUAACCAGGGAGAAAGUGGAGUCAGAGUUAACAUUUCUGGGACUUCUCGUCAUGGAGAAUCGCUUGAAAAAGGAAACCAAACCAGUCCUGAAGGAACUGAGCGAGGCCCGCAUCAGGACCGUGAUGAUUACAGGUGACAACCUUCAAACAGCCAUUACUGUUGCAAAGAGUUCUGAAAUGAUUCCUCGAGGGAGCCAAGUGAUCCUUGUGGAAGCCAAUGAACCAGAAGAGUGUGCUCCUGCCUCUGUGACCUGGCAGCUGGUAGAGAACCAAGAGAAUGGACCUGGGAGGAAUGAAAUCUGCAUUGACAUUGGAAACAGCUCAGUGCCUGAUAGAGAAAGAGGGAGCUGUUACCAUUUUGCAAUGAGUGGGAAAUCAUACCAAGUGAUAUUUCAGCAUUUCAACAGCUUGCUUCCAAAAAUCCUAGUGAAUGGAACCAUUUUUGCAAGAAUGUCUCCUGGGCAGAAAUCAAGCCUUGUUGAAGAAUUUCAGAAAUUAAAUUAUUACGUGGGCAUGUGUGGAGAUGGAGCUAAUGACUGUGGGGCUUUGAAAAUGGCUCAUGCAGGCAUUUCGCUGUCAGAACAGGAGGCAUCUGUGGCAUCCCCUUUCACCUCAAAAACAGCCAACAUCGAGUGUGUGCCUCGUCUCAUCAAAGAAGGCCGAGCUGCUCUGGUUUCAUCCUUUGGGGUGUUUAAAUACUUGACCAUGUACAGCAUGACCCAGUUUAUUGGCACAUCACUGCUCUAUUGGCAACUACAACUCUUUGGGAAUUACCAGUAUCUCAUGCAAGAUGUUGCCAUUACCUUGAUGGUCUGUUUAACAAUGAGUUCAACUCAUGCCUACCCAAACCUGGCCCCAUACCGACCAGCAGGACAUCUCCUGUCUCCUCCUCUGCUGCUCUCAGUCUUUUUGAAUGUCUGUUUCACCUGCAUUGUGCAGAUCUGUGCAUUUCUCUAUGUGAAGCAGCAGCCCUGGUAUUGUGAAGUCUACAGAUACAGUAAGUGCUUUCUGGACAACCAAAGUAAUUUCUCAACAAAUGGGAGUGCGGAAAGAAACUGGGCUGGAAAUGCAACUCUGAACCCUGGUUCAGUUUUAAGUUUCGAGAGCACCACACUGUGGCCCAUUGUCACCAUCAACUGUAUCGCAGUAGCCUUUAUCUUUUCUAAGGGAAAGCCAUUUCGAAAACCCAUCUACACAAACUAUAUAUUCUCAUUGCUGCUGAUAUCUGCCUUGGGCCUCACAAUUUUCCUUCAGUUUUCUGAUUUUCAAGAUAUAUACCGCAGAAUGGAGUUCAUUCCAACCAUAACAUCAUGGAGAGUUUUGAUUUUGGUGGCAGCCCUCGCUCAGUUCUGUGUGGCCUUCUUGGUAGAGGAUGCCAUCCUUCAAAAUCGAGAGCUCUGGCUGCUGAUCAAGAAACAAUUUGGAUUCUAUUCUAAAAGUCAGUAUAAGAACUGGCAAAAAAAGCUGGCAGAAGACUCAACCUGGCCUCCCACAAACAGGACAGAUUAUUCAGACGACGGCAGAAACGGAUUCUACAUCAAUCGAGGCUACGAAAGCUCUGAGCAGAUUCCAAAAGAAAAACUCGAACUGGAGGGCCAAGCCACAGAACAGCAUUUUUGGAGCAGACUGUAAUCAGAAUCGUUGUCAGACAUGCUUCAAGCUUCCUCUUUUUCCCGUAGAAACUAAAACAUUGUGGACAGGUGAUGAUAAUCUACGCUUAUCUUUUCUCUCUCCAUCGGAGGGGUCAAAGGGGCUUCCCAGUGUAUUGAAGCUUGCAACAAAGGACCUUAAAUAUGCAUAUUUUGACUGUAUCCUCUGCCAUUGAGGGAAAAAGCGCAUUUCUUGGAUUAUUCUGUUUUUCUAAUAAACUUUAUUCUCCUUACACAGCAUUGUCUGGUUAAAGCACACAACUUUUCAGAGUAGUGAAAUUAGUAGUAUGAACAUCAAUAGAAAAAAGGAAAAUCGAAGAAGAGGUUGACCUUUGAAGAUUUCAGCCAUCUAUUUUUAUUUUCAUCGACAGAAAUAAAAGAAUUUUGGGGGAAAAAAACCCUCUCAAUAAAUUGUCACAAGUUUACUUAACCUUA